AGCUCGGCUUUCCUUUUGGGGAGGAGGGCCUUCCCUGGCCCUGGCCACCCUCCGGCAAUACAAUACACGCCCCCGCUUUGAGCUUCCCCACUUUCACCUGCCAACCUCGAGGAAGAAAUGACCAUGAUGAGGACCAUAUAUAAAUAUGUGAGAGGAAGCCAUAGGGAGGAGGGAGCAAGCUUGUUUUCCGCUGCCCUGGAGACUAGAACGUGGAACAAUGGGUUCAAACUACAGGAAAGGAGAUUCCACCUGAAUAUGAAGAAGCAUUCCUAACUGUGAGAGCUGUUCAGCAGUGGAACUCUCUGCCAUGGAGUGUGGUGGAGGUUCCUUCUUUGGAGGCUUUUAAGCAGAGGCUGGAUGGUCAUCUAUCGGGGGUGCUUUGAAUGCGAUUUUCCUGCUUCUUUGCAGGGGGUUAGACUGGAUGGCCCCACAAGGUCUCUUUGAACUCUGUGAUUCUAGUAGGCAAAACUUUCCAGCUUCCCAACAUAUGACCUCUGAAUGGGAAGUGGAGAAGAGAAAAUAUGCAAGUUUUAAAACUCAGUUGCCUCAGUAAUCACUCUCUCACAGUUCUUCUCUUUGAAACAUUUGUACGACUAAUAGCUAAAUUGUUUUUUAAAACUCUAUCCAGUCAUUUUUUCCCCUAUUGUAUCUAUAGCAGGAAACUGGUGUGACUGCCUUGUCUCAGCCUGUCAUAUGGUUUCGGGAAGCACACCUGCCUCCCCAUCUAAGCCCCAUACACAAAGGGGACAAGACCAACAUGCCACUUUCUUGGCUUCUUUGCAAACCAAACCUAUUAUUUUUCAUUUCUAAAUGACCCUAAUGCAAGCAUGGGCAAACUUGGGCCCUCCCUCCAGGUGUUUUGUACUUCAACUCCCACCAUUCCUAAUAGCCUCAGGCCCCUUCCUUAAACAGAUGAGGGCUGUUAGGAAUUGUGGGAGUUGAAGUCCAAAACACUUGGAGGGCCCAAGUUUGCCCAUGCCUGCCCCAAUGAGUCAUUUUGGAUCUCUUUUGGAAAAGAAAUCAAAAAAUAUCUCACCCACAAACAGGUGACCUUAGUCAGCAAGCCACAUGUUUCUGAAGGAAGUGUUGAUGAUGUCCAGAUCAUCAAUGAUGAUGAUGUCCAGAUCUGUCACUCCUUCUCACCUGUCACCAAGGAGGCUGUUCAGACCUUGAAUCGGUGUUUAGCUGCUGUGUCGGACUGGAUGAGAGCUAACAAAUUGAAACUGAAUCCAGACAAGACAGAGGUCCUACUGGUCAGUCGUAAGGCCGAACAGGGUAUAGGGUUACAGCCUGUGCUGGACGGGGUUAAACUCCCCCUGAAGAUGCAGGUUCGCAGCUUGGGAGUGAUCCUGGACUCAUCGCUGAGCCUGGAACCCCAGGUCUCGGCGGUGGCCGGGAGAGCUUAUGCACAAUUAAAACUUGUGCACCAGUUGCGCCCGUACCUUGGGAAGUCUGAUCUGGCCACAGUGGUCCAUGCUCUUGUUACAUCCCAAAUAGACUACUGCAACGCACUCUACGUAGGGUUGCCCUUGAAGACUGUUAGGAAACUUCAACUGGUCCAGCGAGCGGCAGUCAGAUUACUCACCGGAGCGUCAUACAGGGAGCAUACCACCCCCCUGCUGUGUCAGCUCCACUGGCUGCCGGUUCAGUUCCGAGCACAAUUCAAUUUGUUCAGUUCCGAGCACAAUUUGACCUACAAAACCCUGUAUGGUUCCGGUGCAGUGUAUCUGUCGGAACGUAUCUCCCUCUACGUCCCACCCCGGAGUCUGAGAUCAUCUGGGGAGGCCCUGUUCUCGACCCCACCGCUAUCACAAGUGAGGUUGGUGGGGACGAGGAGCAGGGCCUUCUCGGUGGUGGCCCCUCACCUGUGGAACUCAUUCCCGGGAGAAAUUAGGGCAUCAACAUCCCUCCUCUCCUUCAGGAGGAAAGUAAAGACGUGGUUGUGGGACCAGGCCUUUGGGCAAUCUGACAACUAGAUAAGGACAAUCAAACGACUAGGACUGACAGGACUGACAAAUGUGGAAUUGGAAUUUGGACUAUGAGAUAGUGAACGCUGACCGUCUAUGAGGAGUAAUUAGGUUUGUAUUGUUUUAUUGGUUUUACUGGUUUUAGGGUUGUAAUGCAGGAAUUGUUGUUUUAACUGUUCAACUGUUUAAUUGAUGUUAUUUUGUUUACUACUGUUAUAUGAUGAUGGCAUCGAACUGUGCCUUUGUAAGCCGCCCUGAGUCCCCUUCGGGGUGAGAAGGGCAGGGUAGAAGAAACCGAAAUAAAUAAAUAAUAAAUUGGGGAAA